CUCUGAGUCUCAUAUAUCUACCUACAAUCAACCUCCCAAUAACCUCCCAUCAUCAUGGACUCUUUCAUGAAUCUCGCAAAGCAAGGUUACGAAGCCUACUCCGAGUCUCAAAGCCAGACCCACGUACACAAGACUGGAGGCCAGGAGUUCAACUCUCCCGAUAACCGGCCUCCCCAGUCUUACAGACCUUCGUUCAACUCGGACGAUGUGAGACAGCAUGUCGACUCUGGAAACCACGGGUUCAUGGACCAGGCAUUGUCUCAUGCGCACAGGACUGUCCAGCAACAAGGUGAUAUCGACGAGGAUGGCAUUCAAAACCUCAAAAAUGCUCACGACCAAGCAUUCGGCUCUGGGGGGCAAGGCCCACAAGGCAUGGCACCCGAUGCAAUGGGCGGAGCUGCAGCCUUCAAAGUGUUCACGGACAUGGUGAGCGGCGGAAGUCACGGAAGCAGCGGUGGAGGUGAUAUGCAGAGCAAGCUGGUUGGCAUGGCCAUGCAGCAUGCCUCCUCGCUCUUCGAACAGUCCGGUGGCGGAUCUAGCGAGGCUAAACAAAGCGUCAUGAACAGCGCUGCUACUUACGCCAUGCAGCUUUUGAUGAAGAAGCAGAUGAGCAACUUUAUCGGUGGCGCCAGCAGUGGAGGUUUGAGCGGAGUGAUGGGCAUGGCAAGCAACUUCCUGUAAAGGCAUCAAGGGGAAAGAAGACUUCGAGAAUUUUUGUGUCUUGGCCUACGUGUGGACCAUCUCCUUUUGUAAAACCUAGUAGUGCUCAUCUGUGAAGUUUUGUAAAUUCUGGACAAAUACC